UGUGAGUGUAAGGAAGAUGACUUCAAGGAUUGCCUCUCCGAGAUGAUCUUGAAACAGCUCAAACGUUACUCUGAGUUUAUACUCUUAUUACACAGACUCCAGAAAAUGCCCCAAACGAGUCGUCGAAAAUGGUCCAGUCUAUAUCACACGUUAGAAGGGGAGGGUGUACUGAAGAGUGGCGACUGGGACUUCCUGUCCUUCCAAGAUGAUUUCCUAAGCACACCAACCGAACGCGCUGAUCAGACAUUUUCUGCCCUCAUAUACGGCAAUGCACCUCUCUCUAGAUUAUUCAGAUGGGUCUUCAAGAAUAGGAACCAUGGAGGUACUACCGACGAAGUAAAUAACAAAACAACCAUUUACCUCCAUACUGGUGGCAUGGAAUUCCUAAAGAAGGGGCUCGUAGCUGCCGGGAGCGGUAUCAUAUUGAUAGUCCCAGUUGGGAUCCUGCUGCUUCAGCCAAUGGGAAAGGUUAUGUCCCUUGUGGUGGUAAUGUGUUUCGGAGCGGCAUUUGUCUUCGUCCUGAUGCUUCUAGGCAAGACCUUCGACACGAUGCCAUCGGCUUCUCUGCUUACUCGGCUGCUCUAG